AUGUCGGACAACACUCUUCAGAUAGUCGUGAAGAUUCUUUCCGACUUGGGUUAUUCUAUGACUCUGAAAAGGCUGCGUAAAGAGGUUGGGGAUGACAAGCUACGUCCAGAGAACGUUCCGCAAGCGGUGAAGGCAUUCAACUUUAAAGCCCUGGCGGCUGGACUGCUUGUGAAGGAGGGUGAUGUGCAGCCUGAGCCCAAAGUGGCUCCGAAGGUCGAAACUGCCGACGCCUCUACGCCCGUGGUAAAGCCAACACUUAAGAAAUUGGUGUUUGUGCAAUCUAAAACGGAGAAACCGUCCAGUCAACCUGAGAAGAAGCAGGUUAUGACUGUGGAUGCGGAGAUGCCCAAGGGGCGCUUCAAACGCAUCCAAGAUGAAGUGUGGCUAGAUCGCAUCGAAAAAGAAGAGCUGAAGGAGAAUUCGUACUUGAUGAAGAAUGACGACUUCUCGCUCAAGGCGGCGCAGGAGCUCAUCCAGGUGAAGGGGAAAAAUUUCAGGACUGAGAAGAUGAAGAAAAAACGGGCGUCAUGGAAAGGUUCAGGCGAGAUAACGAGUCACGUGAAUUCAGUCCAGUUUGACGACUCAGACGGCGACUGA